GGCGGCAAAAAGUUUUGCGAAAGAACGCGAGAAAGAGAGAUAGGCGGAUGCGUUUGCCUGAGCCAGCCUCGUCGAGCAGUUGAGCUGCGUGCACCCGCCACCGACCUGGCUAAGCGGCACGCAAAGUGACUGACCUCAACGGGAUGAGCGUAAAGUGAGGAGGAGUCGAGCUGCGAGGGGAACGCAGUGUCCAUCAAUCAAUGAGCUAGCUCAGCUCCCAGGUUUGCGAGGAGGAUGUGACCACUCACCGCACUGCCGCCCGCUGGUGCAUUCCCUCGCGGCCCGGUAGCCUCGCUCGCAUCCCCGCCGACUCGUUCGCGCCGCGUACGCGCCGCCGCGCCACCGCCUGUAGCCUCGCGUAAGGGAGCCGCCAAAGUCCACCGCCAUCCCGCCUAACGGCGCAACGGACUGGACUUGAGUACCGCGACUGGUCCGCUCCGCCUUCAACAAGGCUGCCGCCGCCGCGGCCGCUACCCACCCGUCAUCCGCACCGCUUUCUGUCAGACGACCAGCCCAAAACGAAGCCCAAUCGCUCGCGGAGCGACUCCCGAGCCUCACGACGGUACCGCCGAGAUGAGCACCAAGGCUGAGCUCAGCGCGCUGACGGCGCUGGGCCCGAAGCUGGUGCCUUUCUUCAAGGCGGUGCUCGUGUACUUCGUGGUGCUGGCGGGCGACGACGACCUGGAGGCGCGCGGCCCGUCCUGGACGGGCGUGCUCGUCAAGGUGCUGCCCAUCCUCAGCCUGGUCCUGUUCGUCCUGUUGCACGAGGGCCUCACCCUCGGCCUGCUAGGACCGGAGUGCUGGUUCUCCCGACGCGUCCUGCUGGCCCUCGCGCUGUCCGCGCUGGCCGACGCGCUCCUCGUGUGGCCGGCGCACUUCCUGUCCGGGAUGGCCGUGUUCGGCGUCGCGCACCUCCUGUACAUCGCGGCCUUCGGCUUCCGUCCGCUGCGGCCCGUGCUGGGGCUCGCGCUUUACGCGCUCAGCGCCUGGGCUGUGAGUUUUUUGGUGCCCUCCCUCACCGGCCCGCUGGCGCUAGGCGUGCCGCUGUACGCCCUGGUCCUGGCCACCAUGCUCUGGCGGGCCGUGGCCUCCUCCCGCCGCCCGACGGCGCCCUGGUCCGGCCUGUGCCCGCGCGUCGGAGGCCUCCUGUUCGCCGCCUCGGACGCACUCAUCGGCUUCCACAUGUUCCACCGCCCCAUCCCGCACUCGCAGGCGCUCAUCAUGGCCACCUACUACGCGGCACAGCUGGGGAUGGCUCUGAGCAUCGUCGGGCGGAGUGGCGCGGAGGAGGACGGCCUCCGUGUCCUCCCGGUGCGCCCCGGGUGAUGAUGACUCUCUAGAGAGUCUUUUAUACAUCUCAUCCUGUUUGACGACGACUGAUAUUUUCUUAAAUUGUGAUUAUGUGUGAUGCGACGGUGUUGUUUUUUUUAUAUUAAUGUUGUAGAGAUAAUCCCUGUGUUGUUGUUAUUAUUGUUGUUUCCUUUCAAAUAUGUGUUGGAUUGUAAAUGUGUUGGAUUGUGAUAUGUGAGUGUAUGGUGCUCAGGUACCCGUGAGGAGGGUGGAUCCACGAUAGAAUCGCUGCCACUGUAGUUGGGGCGAGGGAAGGUGGGGAGCGUUAGUUUUCCCCUUCCCAUCACCCCUCCUCCCUCCGCGCCCCAUCUACACACACCUACAACCAUACCUUUCGUAGUGGUAGUUGUUAUUAUUACAUUAUUAUAAUUGUUGUUGUUCCUCAUGACACUUUACGAUGUAUGUGAUUUAUGCCUACUUGUAUGCAAUGCCAAAUGACGUUAAAUAAAACCUCCGAAGCUGCCU